AUGGCGAACACGUCAGUACUCUUCAUCCUUUCAUUCCUUGUAAUAUUUUCUAUUUCCACAAACUUCUUCUCUUCAGCUGCUGAAGCACCCGAGCCAGUGCUCGAUGUAGCUGGAAAGAUGCUUCGAACUUACCUCAACUACUACAUACUACCAGCCAAUGUCUUCCGGGGCAGAUACAGAGGUGGAGGGCUUACACUAUCCGGCAUCGGCAAUGACACUUGCCCAGCUGGUGUUUUUCAAGAAACGUCUGAACAAAUAAAUGGCAUCCCCUUGACAUUUUUCCCUGUGAACCAGAAGAAAGGUGUGGUUCGUGUCUCCACAGACUUAAACAUCAAAUUCGAUUAUCCAGAUACCUGUGACGAAUCUCCAGUUUGGAGCGUUGAUAAUUAUGUUGAUCCAUCGGCUGACAGCUUUGUGAACAUUGGCGGAGCUGUUGGAAACCCUGGUCCUGAGACUUUAAGUAGUUGGUUCAAGAUUCAAAAAUUUGGCUAUCAUGAUUACAAGCUUGUUUUUUGUCCCACAGUAUGCAGCUAUUGUGAUGUUAUUUGCAAAGAUGUUGGCAUAACAUACCAGGAUGGGAAAAGACGUUUGUCUCUGACAACUGAUUAUCCACACAGGGUCGUAUUCCAGCGGGCAUAAAGAUGAGAUUCUAGCCGUGUUAAUGCACUUUGGAUGCAUUGCAAUACAAUAGUCUUUCUACAAAGAUAUGAAUAAUAUUAGUAAUAAGGAAGCCUCCCUGAAAAAAUGGGAGGAAACCAUGUAAUAAUGAAGCAUUAAAGUGCUUGU